AAGUAUAUUCAUCCUUUUGGGUUGCUGAAAUGGAGCGGAGGUGGAGAUUCCAAGUCUUUCUUAGCUAAGUAAUGAAGGUGGUCCCUUAAGAUUGGAAAAUCAGUUUCCUUUGGGUGAAAAAAAAAAGUAAUCUGAACAUUCCUUUAAGUGGCUGGAAGCUGGGAGGAGUGUAUAGCCACAGAGACAGGAUGUCCUGAUCAACUUACGUUUUUCUCGUUAAAAUGGAUUUAUUGGGGGAGGUGGGGGUGUCUUAAAACCAAGAAAAGAAACAAGCAGUAACAAGUAGUGACUAGAUGUAUAAGUAGGAGAGAUAAGGCUCCAGGGAGGAGGCGGUGCUGAGCGGGACAGAACCAGAUUCCAGUCACCUGCUGGCAGAAACAAAAGCGAAACUCCGCACUACCUGGAAAGCAGCAGCCAGAGGCAGCACUCGGCUGUCAUUCACCUGGAGGGGCGGGGCUAGAUCCGAGGUAUACUUAGCUGAAACCUGAAGCCAGGGUUCCUAGAAUCGGAAAAAUAAUUGGAGCCCGAGGGUGGGGAGCAGCUUGUCACCCAGGUAGGGGGCGGAACCUGAGGGAGGGUUUAUCUGGGCUGAAGCGGAACUUGGAAGUGCGCGGACACCUUAGCUCUUGAGCUGGGGGGGAAGGGAUAGGUAGCCGAGCUCCCCGGAGCUCGGGAAAGGGGUCGCCUCCGGUUCUAGGCCUCAGGGUUUCGAUUGCAGCCGGCUCGACGACCGCUAGCGGGCCCCGCCGCCGCCAUGACCUGGAGCGCGUCGUCGCCCGGGGCCAACCAGCCUGACAACACGGCCUUCACUCAGCAGCGCCUGCCGGCCUGGCAGCCGCUACUGUCGGCCGGCAUCGUCCUGCCUCUCUUUUUCUGCGUGGGCCUGGCCUUCAUCGGCCUGGGCCUGGGCCUCUACUACUCCUCCAACGGCAUCAAAGAGCUGGAGUACGACUACACGGGCGACCCAGGUACGGGCAACUGCUCGGCCUGCGCCGCAGCCGGGGAGAGGGUGGCCCCGCCGCCCGCCAACUGCAGCUGCCAGUGGUGCUUCUCGCUGCCCGAGCUCUUCCAGGGCCCCGUGUUCCUUUACUACGAGCUGUCCAACUUUUACCAGAACAACCGCCGCUACGUGGUCUCGCGAGACGACGCGCAGCUUAGCGGGGUGGCGAGCGCGCUGCGUCACCCCGUCAACGAGUGCGCGCCCUACCAGCGCAACCGCGCCGGCGUGCCCAUCGCGCCGUGCGGCGCCAUCGCCAACAGUCUCUUUAAUGACUCUUUCAAGCUCCUGCACCAACGCCUGCCCGGCGGCGCCUACGUCGAAGUGCCGCUCGACCGCACGGGCAUCGCGUGGUGGACUGACUACCACGUCAAGUUCCACAACCCGGAACCCAUCAACGGCAGCCUGAAGCUUGCCUUCCAGGGCACGGCCAAGCCGCCCAAUUGGCCGCGUCCAGCCUACGACCUGAGCCCGGACCCCAACAACACGGGCUUCGUGAACCAGGACUUCGUGGUAUGGAUGCGCACGGCGGCGCUGCCCACCUUCCGCAAGCUGUACGCGCGCAUCCGCCACGGCAACUACUCGGCGGGCCUGCCACGCGGGGCCUACUGCGUGAACAUCACUUACAACUACCCCGUCCUCUCCUUUGGCGGCCACAAGCGCAUCAUCUUCAGCAGCAUCUCGUGGAUGGGGGGCAAGAACCCCUUCCUGGGCAUCGCCUACCUGGCCUUCGGCUCCCUUUGCAUCGUCACCGGCUUCGUCAUGCUUGUCGUGUACAUCCGGCACCAGGACGAGAACGGCGACGGGGAAGACGACGAGGAGUGACCUGAGAGGGAUGGCAGGCAGCUGCUCUCAGCGGCUUCUUCCACCCCUUCCCCCACAACCCAUUUUGUACCCGGGCAUCUCCUUACGAGUAUUUUGAGCUAUUAAGGACCUUCUUAUAUACUUCCUUCCUAACCCUACCCCAUUUUAUUCUUCAGGCAAAAAUCCCCAACCCCUAACAGUUCUUAAUGGUCUUUGUGGACCUCGUCCCGGGAAAUAUCCCCUUCCACCAUUUUUAAUGUUUUGAAAGUUGAUCAGAUCAACUUUUUAAGCCACCUCCCUCUUUAAAUAUCUCUUUCCCAAUCUCAUCCCAUCCUGUUUCCUUGCCACACAAUUGCUGAUUGUUCUUGUGGAACUGUUUGGAGAAUUUACCCAACGUCUUUUUCAAAGAGAUUAGUCAAGCUUUUCUAGUUUUUUGAGCUGCUUACCUCCUCAACACCUUUGUACUUCCCACCCAAGUCACCCCCACAUAGUCCAAUUCCUGAUUGUCCCUGGGGAGCUAGCCCUUCCCCUCUUUAAUGUGUUGGAUGUUGAACAGGCUUUUAGCAGUCCUUUGAGCUUACCUAACUCCUAAACACCUCCUUUCCUCUUCCAUCCCAUUCCCCUUACAACCCAGUUCCUAAUGUCCAGGUGGAACUGUUUGGAGGAAAGAUGAAGUCCAGGGAAAUUUCCCCAUCACCUCUUUCAGAAAGAAUGAGUAUAGUAUUUUGAGCUACCUACCUCCUUAACACCUUUCCACUCCUAAUCUCCCCUCCUUCUCAAGCUGUAGAAUUCUUAAUUGUUCCUUGGGGAGCUGAUUGAAUGGGAGGCCUGAAGUCCAAGGAAGUUUCCCUUUCCCCUUUUUCGUGUAUUGGAGGUUUAACUGGUUCUUAUUAGUCCUUUGAACUACUUUAUAACAACGUCCCAUCUCAUUCCCCUCUUGCUGUGAGCUUCUUAAGAAGGUAUAUUAUAAUAACCCCAUUUCUAAUCGUCUGGGUUGGAGGUGUUGGAUGAUUGACCUGAACUUCAGAUAAAUUUCUCCUCCCCUCUUACUGUUAGAAAGUUAAUUAGGUUUCUGAAGCAUUAACACAGAUUAUGUGGUGCAUAAGAUUGUAGAUUUCAAGCAGUCAGAAUAUGAACCUCCUAAUUUUACAGAUGAGGAAAUGGAAGCCCAAAGAGAGGGGGCUUGCCUAAGUUCACCCAACUAGUAGUGGCAAAGCUGGGGUAGGAAUAAUAUAAACUAUGACACUAAACCCAUUUCUCUUUCCCCUAUGUCAUGCUGCUUCCCCAAAUAAUAAUAGUGCCUUGCAAAUAAUGAUUUUGUUCACUUCCUAAGGAAGUAUUAACCUUAUUUUUUUCCCUAUAGUUCAUUGUGGUGGAGGUUUGACAUGUUUCUAUAACAGUAAUUGGGAGUUAGGCUAUUUUUGCAUAUUUAUCUGCAAGGGAGUAUUUAUAAUAAUUCACUUAAUAUUUGAGUAUAGGACUGAUUUAUAUGAUGACUUAAGAUAUGCAGACUACUUUGUGCAUUAUCUCUAUUGAGCCUUAAAACAAACUUAUAAGCGCAACAGAUAAUAUCUUUAUUUUACAAAAGAAUAAACAGAGGUUCAAUAUGGCUGAAUGUCUUAUCCAUAUUCACAUACCUCACAAAAGUCAGAGACAGAAUUCUAACCUAGGUUUUUCUGACUUAAGUCCAGUACUCUAACCACUCUACCAGGCUUAUACUUGGCAAGAUCUUCUCUUUUCCUGUACAAAACUAACUUGCCUUGUAAUAUUUAAGAGAAUUUGCACUCCAGCCACGUAUCUUUUCUAUACAUAAGAAUAUCUUUGAUUUUCUAGAAGUUUUUGCCUACUAGAUAACUUCCAGAAAAGCCAAACAGUUCCAGUCAGAGGGGACUGCAGGGCAAACUAAGGGCAUAAAGUCAAACUCUUCAUUUUCUGUAGUUGUUGAUUUUGUAUUUGACAUUUCUCCCAAUAAGAAGCAUUUGUUUUUCUUCAUCCUAGACAAGAUUCUCUCUCCUUUUCCCACAGGAACCUUUUAGUCUUCUCAUCUCAUUAUUUUGUGGACUUCGAUGAGAAGGGCCCAAAACACUUAGCUUCUCUGAGGACUCAAGCAGUUUCUCUUCUAAUGGUGCUUUCAAAUGUUACAUGUUUCUAGGAAUCAUGUUUAUAAUUAAUGCUGUGGGAUAAGGAAAGAUAGUGCAAACUGAAAUUUGAAGAACUUUUUGAAACUUUGAGAGAGUUAAGACUGAAGCUUUUGUGAUUUAAGUGAUUCUGUAAAAUUCACCCUAAGAAACAAUGGUAUUGUCUUUUAAAAAUUCCAUCAAUGAAUAUCACUUAAUAAUCAAAGCUUAAAAACAGUGAAGUGUCCUUUCUACCCACUUUAUUUUGGUGACAGUAUGCAUGCAAAUAUCCAGAACUCUAUUAAUUGGUUAAUAGUGGGCAUUCCUUUAGCUUCCAAGUCUCAAAUCCUGUAAUUCUGUUAUUUCCACUAUUGCACACUUGUCUUGGGAUAAUACAAAUGUCCAUGGCAAUCCCCAUGAAGUAUUGUAACACCCUGAAUUGUGUUCUGAAUUACCAAAGACACUUUUGGUUAUAUUCAAUAUAAUUCUUAUUUCCUAUUUUUUUAAAUUGAUAAAUAAGCAUGAAAGCUGAUCUUAAAAAUUGAUUCGCAUUCAAAUCCUGCCUCUGAUACACUGACCAUUUGACUCAGUAAUUCAUAACUUUUCAUUGCCCCAUUCAACUCUUAGAUAUUAUAAAUUAUAGAAUAGUUGCUGAUUUGCAUUUCUAGAGGACAUUUUAUCAUCAGGAAUUUCCUUCAUCAUUGAAAGCACAGGUCUGCACCAAAAUGUGAAAAGUAUUAAACCAUGUAAUUUUUUAUUAACCAUAUUUAGGGUAUUUAUGCAGCCAAUUCCCUAAAUUUGACUAGAUAACAGAAUUUACUUUGUUUAUGUAUUGGGGAGCUAAAAUUCUAUAUUUCAAUGUUACUUUUAGAAUAAUUCAUCAGUCUGUGUAUUUAAAAUGUAACCAGUGUAACUAUUUCUUCUUAAAAUUUUAAUGAAGAUUCAGCUUUCA